AUGAAUGCUAUGUCGAGUCAAGAAGGAGGUGUCUCUUUCAUUUAUGGCUACGCAGGGACCGGAAAAACAUAUGUCUGGAAGACAUUAUGUGGUGCAAUGAGGAAGAUGGGCGAAAUUAUAUUGCAUGUAGCUUCGAGUGGUUCUGCUUCUCUUCUCCUUCCACGAGGAAGAACGGAGCAUUCGAGAUUCGAUAUCCCUUUGAAUAUAACUGAGAAUUCUACAUAUACCGGCAUUCGCCAAGGAUCGGAUUUGGCUGAUCUUCUUAUGACGACAAAACUUAUUAUAUGGGAUGAAGCGCCCAUGAUGCAUAAGUAUUGUUUUGAAGCACUUGAUAGAAGUUUGAGGGAUAUAAUGAGGUCUCUUGAAAGGGAUAAUUUGCAUCGACCUUUUGGAGGCAAUGUUAUGGUAUUCAGUGGUGAUCUCAGGCAGAUAUUACUAGUUGUACCAAAGGGAACGAGGCAAGAUAUUGUGUUCGCUAUCAUUAAUUUGUCUUAUUUGUGGGAUUCACGUAAGAUCCUAACACUUACUCGUAAUAUGAGACUACAAUCUGCAGGUUCUUCGAAAUAUUUUGUUAAUGAACUGCGAGAAUUUUCAGAGUGGAUAUUAAGCGUAGGAGACGAAAAGGCUGGAGGUCCUAAUGAUGGUGAAGCCGUAAUUGAGGUUGCAAAAUAUAUCCUUAUAGAUCCAGGGGUCGAUCCAAUUUCAGCAAUUGUUGAUAACACUUAUCUAAGCCUACAUGACCAUAUUUGGGAAGCUAAAUACUUCAAGGACAGAGCUAUUUUGGCGCCAACAAAUGAGAUAGUGGAGAUAGUCAAUGAUCAUGUUCUAUCUACCAUUCAUGGAGAAGACAAAGUGUAUUUGAGUUCCGAUGCUAUAAGCAAAUAA